UGACAAUACAAAUAAAAUGUUGCAACUUUCAGCGUUCAGGUAUAUUUGUUAAAAAGUCAACAAAACACUGACACUCUCCCAAAUUGAUAAAUUUGAAAUUUCUGAUCUUUAUAGUCGCCGUAUCAAAAAUAAUUUCUUUUGCAAGUAGACUGACAUUUAUUUUCCUUUACAGCUCAUCCUCUUAAACCUUCCCAAUGUAAUGUCGAUGAGAAAGAUGGUACUUGUAUGCAAAAAGCCAAAUGUAUACUAGGAGGCGGGACCCCUAUAGGAUCUUGUGGAUUGAUUUUUGUUUGCUGUUCUUUUGACACUAACUGCGUCAAAACCACAGACAAGAAGCAAUCUUACUUUAAAUCUGGUAAUUUAAAUUCAGCAGUUACUGGAUGUCAAUACAGGAUCAAGUUGAGAAACAAAAAUGUUUGCCAAGUCAGAUUAGAUUUUGAAGAAUUAACGCUAGCUCCAGCAAUUCAAACUACUGCAUCUACUCAAACUGGCAGCUACUAUGUGUUCAGUUGCGCAAAUGAUUCAUUGAGAAUCAAUCCGAACACUUUUGGAGUUCCUGUGCUGUGUGGAAAUAAUACUAAACAACAUUUAUAUAUCCAUGUAAAUCAAACAUCAGAUCCGAACAGUGCUGUGAACAUUGACAUUAAUCUAGCAGAUAGAUUAAAUGAAGUCAACAAAUACCUACCAAAGCCAUCAUGGAAAAUUAAGUUUACCCAACUGGAAUGUCCACUGAAGCAACAUAAAUUUGACCUCUCGAAGUUUGGAGAAAUUAAAAAUAUUAAUAAUGAUUUCAAUGUGUUAGCCCCACAAGGUGCAAUACAAUAUUUUACAGAAAACAUUGGUGAAAUUCGAUCAAUCGGUUAUAAUACUACAAAUGCACAGCUAAGUAGUUAUCCUUACUUGGAACAUUAUACGAUUGCUUUUCGAAGACCCAGUGACGUUUGUGGCAUUAAAUUCACCCCAAGUUAUUUUAACAUGGCAAAUAAAACCGUUUCCAAUUUAGCUACUUGCAUACAUUACCUGUACGUACCAGAAUACUAUUCAGAUGGAAGUAAGCAAUUGACUGGUGAAAAAACGUCGGCCGUAUGUUUCGGAAAAAAUCCGUUUUACAGUCUUGCUCCAGGCCCCUUCUACAUUAACGUAAAAACGAUGAAUUCGACGGUUACAGCGACUACAAAUCAACAAGGAUUUUUAAUAGAUUACGAGCUUCAGACUUCGUGUCCCUAUAAUAACAAAUAG